ACAUCAAAUACUGCGAGUAAAAAACUUUCAUUUCCCACACGCGAACUAGUUUGCCGCGUUCAAUCACAUCAGUCCCAGUAGCACCUGUACACCUGGACCACGGUGGCAGAGAUACACGACACAACACGACAGAAACGUCAAGUCUCUGCAAUGGAAAACACAAACCUAGUGAAGAAGGAGUUUAUAAGUGUAUGGGUACGAGAUCCUCAGGUACACAAGGAGGAUUUCUGGCAUGCGUACAUCACCUAUGAGAUCUGUCUUCAUACCAAUAGUAUGUGUUUCCGGAAGAAGACCUCUUGUGUGAGGAGGAGGUAUAGUGAGUUUGUUUGGCUGCGUCAAAAACUACAGAACAAUGCUCUGCUUAUAGAGUUACCUAAACUCCCUCGUGGGAAUCCUUUCUUCAAUCUCAAUAGUGAUUUCCAGAUCACUCAACGGAUGCGGGGGCUGCAACAUUUCCUUGAGGCAGUUCUACAGACACCAUUACUGCUGUCAGACAGUCUGCUGCACCUGUUCUUGCAGUCACCGCUGAGCAUUGCAAAAAUGGACGCGUGUGCACAGGGACAGACUCAUUACACGGUUGCACAGGCAAUACAGCGGUGUGUCGGGUAUACCCGUUUCCCUGUAGAGGAACAGCAUCAAGAAGAAGACAGCAAAACAUGCUGUGACUCAGACUGUGAAAGUACAACAUCCUCUGGCUUGGGCAAUAGUAUAGGAUGUGCCACAUCUGUGGAAGAAGACUCUUCAUAUAAUGAAAGUUUUUCCCAUGAAUUUCAAGCCACAACCCCUGAGGCAGAACUCUGUAGCAGCCUGUCUUCGUCUCCUAGCAACCAGUAACCCUUGAUGUGCAUUCUUUUAUAUGAACUCAAGAGCUGUAUACACACACAUACACACAUACUCUGUCAAAGAGAGUUGCUGCCCAGUUGCUGCUUAGAGCCUCCAGAGUUAUAUUUGGAUGGAUAUUGAGAGAAAAAAUGUCUUGAUUAUUGUUUUAUUACAUGUCAUGUUUGUGUCCAUAUUGUUUUGAUGUUUUUUUUUUUUAAAUAUAGAGAUAUCUUUAAAUUUUUGUGGUUAUCAUAUUAAACAAUUCUCCUUUACUAAAGGGCUGACUUGGAACGAAAAAAAGGUAUUGGAGAAAAUGUGAAUUGCAAGUUUUUCUUGACACUCAGGUGCACACUGGGUUUAAUGUGUACCUGACAAAGAAGCUUCUUAAAACGCUUCAGAAUUUUCAUCUGUACAUAUGUGCUUUUGUUUAAAAGAUUU